CAAACAAAAAGUAUGUAAUCUUGGAUCUUACGUACACGUACUCCCCAUCCCAUCCAAACCCAUAUAAUCAAGGCUCUCUUUGUUCUGUUUUCAUUUCAUUUCAACAUGGGACAAAUCUUGGAAAAACUUAAUGGCAAGCAGUGGAGAGAAAAACAGAUACGAAAGAUAAGUGACAAGGUUUUUGAAUAUUACAAGAAUGGUUCCGGAAAGGCUAAUAUGACAUUUGAAGAUUUAUACAUUGCUGUGUUGCUCGUGUACAAUGAUAUCAACAAGCGUUUGCCUGGGCCUCAUUUUGAUCCACCCAAGAAGGAGGAAAUCAGAGAGUUGAUGAAGGAAUGUGAUCUGAAUCUUGAUGGGGAACUCAACCAUGAAGAGUUUGAAGAGUUCAUGAAAAUACUAACAGCUGAUACUUUCGUGUAUGUUACUCAAGGAUUGCUCAUCACUCUAGCUAUCGCACCAACAGUGGCUAUAGCCACAAAGAGGACAACCGAGGGUGUUCCAGGUGUUGGAAAGGUGGUUCAGAAGAUACCAACUUCAGUAUACGCGAGCCUUAUCACUUUGGUAGUUAUGAUGAUCCAAAAGACUAGCGAGUAAACAAGUAAACUAGCAUUUAAACGCCAAGUUAUUGGUUUGGCUGUUGUUUUUUCAAGCAAUGUAUAUAUUAUCUAAAACUAUCAAUAAUAUCGAAUUGUUAAAGGAUGUUGUUACAUUGGAUCAAAGGGUUUUGUACUUUUGUAAGAUGCAUGUACAAAAGUUUUUUACAAAUUGCUAUUGGAAUAAAGUUACAUACUACAAAAAACUA